GCCGUGGGAGGGUGCCGGCGAGUGGGGCGUCGCGGAUCGGUCGCUGCCGGCGGGCGCGCUUCGGACGGACCGCGGCGGAGUGGACCGGGUCGGAGGCAUGAGGCCCCGGACGGCCGCGGCGGGGGCGCUGGCCUACCCGCCGCCGGUGCUGCUGGUGCUGGCGCUGGUGCUGGUCGGCGCGGAUCGCGGCGCAGCGCUGAGCUGUCUGCAGGAGGGCGACGCAGGCACGACGUACCCGCGCCGGGAGAUCAACCUGAAGCCGGGCGAGACGUUCAACAUCACCUGCCAGAUCGACCUGCAGCACCCGAAAGUCAUCGGCUACAGCUCCGCCGACCUCUACUUCACUCGCGUGGAGGAGCGCGCCGGCCGCGUGGCCAAGACGGAGGUGCCCGCCGACCAGUACACGGUGGUGAACAGCUCGUCUGUACUGCUGACGGGUCAGCUGUCAGAGGCCGUGCGACACACCUACACCUGUCGCCUGCGCCGCUCUGACGUGCCCACCACGGGCAUCUGCAUGACCAGCGUCAACGUUGGCUGUGAGUGUCGGCUGGGCCCUGGGCCCUGGGCUCUCUGGGGCGCUUUCUCCACGCCUAAUGGACGGCUCGGCGCCGUAGCGAGAAGGCUGUGUUGUCGCCGCUUCAAAGACCGCACCGGCGCCUCUUGGGAGAGAGUCGUGGCGAGUCUUAUCGCUACGUCGUCGCCGUGGGCAGUCGCACUGCUGUUUAAAACGCCACCGAACCCGGGACGUAACAGCGUCGCGCCAAAUGGCCACAGCAGCCGAAACGCUAUUCAUAUCCAAAGCAUCAUCAGCUCCUGCAGCGCCACAAUGGCGCCCCUGGCCGUGGAAAACUUCCGCUGCGUCUCCCACAACUGGGUCAACAUCAGCUGCAGCUGGAACGAGUCGUUCAACGCCGUCAGGACCAAGUACCAGUCGUCGGUGUGCGCCGUGGGGGGUGCCGGCGAGUGGGGCGUCGCGGAUCGGUCGCUGCCGGCGGGCGCGCUUCGGACGGACCGCGGCGGAGUGGACCGGGUCGGAGCGACGUACCCGCGCCGGGAGAUCAACCUGAAGCCGGGCGAGACGUUCAACAUCACCUGCCAGAUCGACCUGCAGCACCCGAAAGUCAUCGGCUACAGCUCCGCCGACCUCUACUUCACUCGCGUGGAGGAACGCGCCGGCCGCGUGGCCAAGACGGAGGUGCCCGCCGACCAGUACACGGUGGUGAACAGCUCGUCUGUACUGCUGACGGGUCAGCUGUCGGAGGCCGUGCGACACACCUACACCUGUCGCCUGCGCCGCUCUGACGUGCCCACCACGGGCAUCUGCAUGACCAGCGUCAACGUUGGCUAUGCGCCCCUGGCCGUGGAAAACUUCCGCUGCGUCUCCCACAACUGGGUCAACAUCAGCUGCAGCUGGAACGAGUCGUUCAACGCCGUCAGGACCAAGUACCAGGUCCUGUACCGGCUCGCUUCGUUCCCGCACUACGUGAAGGCGUGCUCUGAGGACCUGGGCGCGCGCGUGGAGCCGACGCCCGGCCGCGGCGGCAGCGCCCGCUGCACGGUCGGCCCGAGAGAGUUCCGCAAGACGCACGAGCGCAUCCUGAUGGAAGUGAACGCCUCCAACGCGCUGGGCACGCGCGUGCGGUCCUUCCCCCUGGACACGUACGCCAUCGUGUUGCCUGCGCCGCCUGCCAGCACAUGGGUCGCCGACGUCACGAGCCACGCGCUCCAGCUGUGGACCAACGUCAGCCACCCGAUGAACACCUUCCCCAAGCGGCUGUUGUUCGACGUGCAGUACACGAGCAGCUGGGACGAGCGACUUCAGGUGGUGGACGCAUCGCCGAUGCAGUUUCAGCCGUCGCCAAACAACUCCAAGCGGAGCGUGGCCGUGACCGGCCUGUCGCCCUACACUGAAUACGAGCUCCGCGUGCGCGUGCGCUCCAGUUUGGCCGUCGGCGAGGACAUGUGGUCCGAGCCGGCCGCCGUCACCGUCCGCACGCGACCCACAGUGCCGUCGGAGGCGCCGCAGGUCGACGCCGCCUCGUUCCAGCUGGUGGGCACGGCGGACUCGCGCGACGUCUACGUGUAUUGGCGCCAGAUCGCGACGCGCCAUCAGAACGGCGCUAACUUCACCUACUGCGUGUCGGCGCUGACGGCGAGCGGCGCGCGCUCCGGCCCGGCGCCGGACCUGGUGACGGCCGCCUACGCUGGCUUCCGGCGCGUCGGCCUCGGCCGGCUGCGUUUCCGCGUGGCGGCGUGUAACGCCGAGGGCGAGUCGGAGGAGGCGGCCGAGCUGACCGUGCCGGCGCGCAACGAAACCGAGGUGGUGCCCCGGCCGCACGCCGUCAUUUUGCACGUGUCCGAGCGGGGCGAGUUCGAGCUGUCGUGGGAGCAGCACGCCGACGUGCCGGUCGACAACUACACCGUGUUCUGGUGCGAGCACAUACGCCACCGGUCAUCGUUCCAGUGCGAGGGCCAGCUGAACUGGCGACAGGUGCCGGGCGACACGCGCUCGUUCGCGCUGGACCUGCCGCGGCCGGCCGAGUACCAGUUCGCCGUUGCGGCCACCCGUCAGCUGCCGUGGGGCGUAACCAGCAGCGGCAUGGUCUGGUCCCAGUGUACCGUCCUCGACAGCGGAGGCCUCAUCAUGCUGAGUGACGUGCGUGUGGAGUACCGCGAGGCGCGCCAGCUGACGCUCGCCUGGAACGGCGAGUGCUCGUACAGCGCCAAGGCCACUGGCUACGUUGUCUACUACUGCUCGGCCCUCGACGGCGAGUGCGAUGGGGACGACCGCCGCCUGCUGGUGGGCGACGUGAACAGCUCGUCGGUGCGCGUGACCGGCCUGCAGCCGUUCACCGAGUACCGGCUGCAGGUGGCCGUGGUGUCGGCCGACGACGAGGGUCAGCGCAGCUCCGCCCUGCUGGGCCGCACGCUGAUGGCCAGGCCCGACCAGCCGCCCAACGUCACCGAGGUGGCGCCGCUGAGCAACACGAGCCUGCGCGUCAGCUGGACACCGCCGGCGCGGCCCAACGGCCGCAUGUCGCACUUCGUGCUGCGGUUUAAGCGGGACCGCAUGCCCUACCACGAGCUGCGCGUGGACGCGACGCGCAACUCCUGGACGCUGGAUGGCCUGCUGCCCUACACGCGCUACAACGUCUCCCUGGUCGCCUGCAACGAGGCGUGGUCCCGGCUCGGCUGCUCGCCGCGCUCGUGGACGGCUGGACGCACACUGCCGGGAGUGCCUGGCGUCAUGGAGCCGCCGCGCACCCAGCUGCUCAACGUGUCAACGGCGCGCGUCCGCUGGCAGCCGCCGCUGCGGCCGGGCGGGCCGCAGCCCGUCUACACUCUGCGCGUGCUGUCAGAGCGUGACGGUCACAACAGCAGCACAGAGCGGCCGCUACCCGCCGGCCGUCUGCUGGCCGACCUGCCGGUGCCGGACUGCGAGCCGGGCUCGGCACAGCGCCACCUGUUCUCCGUGCGCGCCUCCGUGCAGCUGGCGUCCGGCGAGCGGCUGGUCGGGCCCUGGUCCGAGCAGACGCAGCAGAACUGCGUGCUCACCUCCGACUGGCCGACCGGCACCAUCGUGUUCGUCGUGGUCGGCGGCGCCGUGCUCAUGAUGGCCGUCAUCUCCGUCUUCUUCUUCGUGUGUAGCCGCACCAAGCGCAAGCUGACCGAGAUGCGCAACCUGGGCGUGAACCUGCCGCCGGGCCUGGACCAGCGGCUGGAGAAGCCGCCGCUGCACGCCUUCCCGGGGCAGGAGCGGCGUCCGGUGCCGGCGGCCGGCGGCGGCGGCGGCUACGGCCGCCUGGUGAGCCAGAACAGCGCCGGCACCGACCAUACGACCGCCAGCGUCUCUGGCCAGCCGCUGCUGCAGGACGACCUGGGCCGGGAGGAGUGCGACGGCGAGGGCAGCGAGCUGACGCCGGCCGUCAACACCGACAGCAACAGCUGCUCCUCCAGCGCCACCAACUACACCGACUCGGGCGCCGAGUGCGAGAAGGCAUCGUCCCCGACGUACAACCGGUUCCAGUGGCCGGCGCCGGAGCAGCCGAAGCUGGCCGCCUACGUACAGAUCGGCGGUCCGGAGCCGAGCGGCGCCGCCGCCGCCGCUGCCGCCGCGCCACCGCCGCCCUACACGAAGUUUUCGCCGUAUGUGGACGCCAAGGCCAUUCAGUCGCUGAUGGCGCGCAGCAUGGAGACGCUGUCGGAGGGCGAGCCGGCGCACGACCUGUCGCGCUCCGAGCCGGACCUGAGCGCGGCCGGCGGCGGCCCGGCCGAGCCCUACAGCAAGAUCGGCCACCGCUCCAGCACCGGCUACGUCAGCAUGACGUCGGACGACGCGCUGGCGCCGGCCGGCCGGCUCGGCUCGCCGCCGACGCGCGGCAAGCUGCGUCCGCCGGCCAAGGCCGAGCUGAAGCCGUACGUGACGCUGGGGCCGCCGCCGCCGCCGGUGGCCAGCGCCGGCUACGUGGCGCACGACAAGAUAGUGCCGGCGCAGCUGGAGCUGCGCGACCUGCCGGCCUCGACCGUCACCAGUGGUUACGUGUCGCAGGAGGCGCUGUCCGCCGCCGAGCCCGUGCUCUCGCCAAAAAAACUACCCACCGUGGCGACGGCGCGUGACCCCUACCGCCGCGUGGUCACCUCACACCAGAGCCCUCCCGACCUGGGGCCAAACGUGUCCAUGGUGUGA